AGUUUCGAAAAGUUUAUGAACCUUUCUGUCCAGACCAAACCGCAGACAUGACGGCCCUCGUAGCGUAUCGGAAUCUGUGGCGGGCCGCCAACAUUGCCUUCCAAGGCGAUGCUCCUGUGCUCGCUGCAGCCCGGCAGCAGAUCCGCGACAACUUCCGCGAGAAGUCGACGCUUCCCGCCAACGACCCCACGAUCCAGCCGAUGAUUGAGAAGGCCGAGGAGGUGGCCAAAUUCCUUAGGCACAACCUUGUACAGGGUCAACCGCAGGGCAACGACAGCUUCAAGCUUCGGAUUCACAAGGACACAGAGAGGGGCGAUAACGACUCGAUCAAGACUGCAGGGCAGGGCAAGUCUUCCGGAGGCUGCUGCCAAGGCUGAAAGGUAGUCUGCGAAGAAAAAGGGAGGGACUCGGUUCCCGUUCUGCUGUACAACAGAUGAUGAUACCCUGUAAAACGAUACCAUGAAUUCUCAGCUCACUUGCUGCCAUGAAGCCGA